CAACACUUUCACUCGCCUUUACUUCGUAACUACCUGCAUCCUUACGCCACUCAAUAUGCCGCCGUCACAAGUCUCCUCUAAACGCACUCACAAUAUCGACACACGCGUGCCGUAUCGCACAGGAUGGCCAAUUCUUCCCGUCCUUCCAGUCCAAGAGACACCCGCGGUCAUGCGUCAUCAUUUCCACCAUCCAGAUCUCAUAAUGACUACGAUCUUCCGUAUAUUGGACGAAUGCCGUCUACAUGAACGAACAAUAGGCCUUUGUUACCGUCUUAAUAAAGGCGUCUCACGCAAUAGGCAGAGACCUACUAUGCGUAUCGCAUGCUCCGUGGAGUCCGACAGGGAAGACACUAGGAUUGAAGCAGUCAUGGCUAUCAAGUCUCUCUUUGAGCAAGAGAAUGCAGAGGUAGCGGUUGAGAUUAUUCGCUAUGAUGCAUACGUUGGAUUCCCCACAUUCCCUAUACUUUCAGAGGACUACCUGAUUCUAAUAUGGAAUUCGUUAUUCCCUACGCUCGUGAACGAGAUUGAGCCUGAUCGUGACUGGGUAUCUCUGGACCUAGUGAGGCGUGGAGAAGAGAAACAGCCCACCGUCCUUAUUAGCGCAAGGGAUGCAAACGACCCUUCAUGGUGGAACACCAAGCUCCCUAUGCUACGCCGCAUAAUUCCAGUCGAUAUCGCUCUGGAGCUCCGCUUUGCAGAUCCAGUUCACCCAAUUUGCAACGAAGACAGUACUGCCAAAGCUGUUUCUGUUAUGGACUACCCUAUUGUGUCUAUGGGACAAUCAUGCGGCAGCCAGGGCCAAACGGGUGCAGGGACCUUAGGCGGAUUUAUGGAAUUAGAGAGAGAUGGAGAGGCCCUAGGUCUCUUCGGACUUACUAACCACCAUGUCUUGUGCGGAGACCUUGACCACAGCUUGCCAGGAGAAUCGCCAGUUGUUAGCCCUGCCGAUAUAGAUCACGAGAAGACCGAACGAAUGCUGGAAAAUUCCGUCAAUUCCACUCUCCAGAUUAUUGGAGAUCAUGUGGAAACUACACAAUACAAUCCCAGCAAAAUGCGAGCCUUGGAGCUGUUGCGGAACCAAGUUUCUAGGACCCAAGGCGACCAAAAUACAGUGGCGAACUUUGACAGAAAACUGGGCCAUGUCUUUACUUCACAGUUAACAACAGCGCCAAAUGAGAAAUUCAAUCAACGAUACCAGCACUUGUUUGGCCCUGAAUCUUUCCACGAAAACUUGCCCUGGGCGCUCGACUGGUGCCUAGUUCAAUUAGAUAAGGCACGAAUUUACAUAAAUUCUGUUCGCACCCCCGUCGAAAAUGGAGUGAGAUUGCAGACUGGUGCUCCUGCAAUUGAGUAUUGCAAGAUGGACCCUACAAAGAGUUAUAAGGUCGUAAAAUAUGGGCGGACGUCAGGUUGGACAAUCGGCGUGGUAUCCGCAGUUCGUUCUGUGAUAAAACUUUACACGAAUACAACAGCAACCCAUGAGAGAUGGAGUGGGGGAUGGAGUGGGAGAUGGAGUUUGUGCCAUCAUGUUGUAGGUCACAAAGGAAGGCCAUUCUUAGAGCCUGGCGAUUCUGGGGCGAUGGUCUUGCUUGACCAGGGCGGCAAAACAAAUGCACAGAUUGUUGGAAUUGGGUUGAGCAGCAACGAAGAUAUCUCGUACAUGAGCCCAAUCGACUUGGUAAUAUACGAGAUAGAGAAAAAGACGGCAGCUAACGUUACCGUACCAACAUUUGCAGGUGUAGCUCCAGAAUCUACGGAUUAG